AUGCUCGCGGAAGAUGAAUUUGGAAGGAAGCCUGCUGGGGAAGCGCGCGAAACCCGCGAGAAAAAGGCGAAGUCUGGAAACGAGAAUGUUGCAAGUGAUCCGAGAUAUGUGUAUAUCAAAGCUGAAGGCGCCUAUGACAACUCGCCUUAUCUGCGAUUUGGACGUUUCAUGCUCAGGGAAAACUGUCAAUGCUCCGAAUGUAAUCAUCCAGACACGGCCCAGCGGAUUAGCGAUACGUUCUCGAUACCAGCCCAUGUCAAGGAAGAAGAUAUUGUCCACAAGUCCGAGGGCAUCGAAGUCUCAUGGUCUGAUGGACACAAGGGUGUCUACUCGUAUGACUGGCUCAAAACUCACCAGAACGAUGUGGGCAGACCUUCUCGGACCCCAAAUCGUGGCAGAAUGCCUAGAAUGCCUAGACCGUGUGUUCCAUGCUGGCCACAUGAGAGCAAUCGCCCGACCGUCUCCUAUGAAAAAGUCAUGGCAGAAGAUAAAUCUCUCCUGGACUGGCUAGAGAAGAUUUACUGGCGAGGAUUCUGUUACAUCGAGGGCGUCCCUGUCACCCCCGAGGCCACCAAGGGUCUCAUUGAGAGAAUCGCAUUUAUCAGACACACUCACUACGGCGGGUUCUGGGACUUCACUGCCGAUCUCACCUUCAAGGACACCGCAUACACCACUGAAUUCCUCGGCGCCCAUACAGACAACACCUACUUUACCGAUCCUGCACGCCUCCAACUCUUUCAUCUCUUGUCUCACACCGACGGGUCAGGCGGCGAAAACUUGCUGAUUGACGGAUUCGCCGCUGCCAAGACGCUCUGGCAAGAGAACAAAUCCCACUAUCAGGCCCUGCAGGAUACAUAUCACCCAUGGCAUGCCAGCGGCAACGACGACAUUUGCAUCCAACCAGCUCAGUCGGCUGCGGUUUUCCAUGUCAACAAUGAUUUGUCUAACGUUGAUCAGAUCCGGUGGAAUAACUAUGAUCGCGCUGCGAAGAGAAACUGGAAUGUAGAGGAGCAGGUGCGGUGGUAUGAGGCGGCGAAACACUUUAACGAUAUCCUCAAUCGGAAAAACAGGCAGUUCUGGACUCCGCUGGAGCCAGGGACUGCGUUGAUUUUUGAUAAUUGGCGGAUGCUGCACGGUCGCUCCGAAUACACCGGCAAGAGGAGAAUGUGUGGUGGCUAUGUCAAUAGCGAUGACUUCCUUUCUCGGCUUCGGGUGCUGAAAUAUGGCCGCAAGAAGGUGAUGGACAACAUUGGGAACUACCACAAGGGAUCCCCCAACAACCCGAACCUUUUCAUCUAG